GCCUCCUGCAUCAACCCACCAUCGUCCUGUGUAGCCAAAGCCACUGUAUUGCCUCCACGGUAGAUCAAAUAAAACACAAUUUCUCGAAUCUUCCGUGCCCAAAAAUCAUAGUUACGGUUUGCAUUUAAGAUCGAACGCGUGCCGUUUUCCUUCGCGAAAUUGAAUCAGUGCCUCGCGUAUUCCCGUACCGUGGUGGUAAAUCUUGCGGACCGCUUUUCCCUACAGUUGAGAGUUGUUUUUGGCGUAUUCUACUCGAUUUUAAAAUAGAAAAUGACCCGUGGCAAUCAGCGUGAACUGGCCCGUGCAAAGAACCAGAAAAAGAAUGCCGGCCAACCGAAGCAACGGGACGACGGACUUACUCACGAGCAGAGGAAGCAGCGCGAUGCUGACAUCAUGCGACAAAAGCAGAUGAAGAAGGAGCAGGUGGCGCAGCAACCGAUCAAGAGUUAAUAUCCGUCUCCGCACACGAUCGAAGCAGCGCCAAAAGCAUCCCCAUUUCGUAUGUUAUCACGAAACGAAGGCCAAACCCAUCGUACCAACCGAACACUAUGACUGCGUGCCCGUAUCUCGUCGAGUUGGGUAAACAUUCUUCAAAUAAUUUUCCUUUGCUAAACGUAGUGGGAUAUGCUCGGAUUUGUUCCUGAUUUUGUUGCUGCCUCGAUUCCCCUUGCUUUUUACUGCAACAGCCAACACGUAUGCUGUAGGUAGUUGUGGCAAAACACUUCAUCAUGGUACGACUUUGUACGAGCAAUCGAUAUGUUACAUCCGUGGUUUGACUGAACCUCUUCUUCGCAGUGUGUGCAGCGUGAUGCACAAGCCUUUUUUUUGUAUGAUUUCCCCUUCCUAGUAUUAAAACGUAGGUUACGUUGAAACUACCGUGCAAAGGCAAUGAAUAUGCUACGGCAUGGCAACACAGUCCACUAACCUCCCGACAGAAAAGCAAUAGCAGCAAACUCAGCGAGCUCAAAACAAGCAUAAAAAAGCAGUAAGCAAACUGUAAACGGCAGGAAUACUCUAGCGCUGCACAUACACACAACGCGUUUCAAGUAUUGUUAAAGUUAAACGGUUUAAGUAGCAAGAGAGGAGAAGGCGUUUACUGCCUUAUAGGUUGGCAGCCACGUAGCCGCGUAGCCGGAGCGCGCACAGUUGAGGUUAGCGUAACAAAAAGGGGUGCAAAACGUGCUGUUGUUUUCGACAUGCCCCAGACAACGAUAAGAGAAAUGUUAGGGUUAUUCAAACACACGCGAUGGGGACAGACAUUUGAGCGCUCUAUCUCGGUGAAUCUUACGUUAGGUAGGAACGCGUCCAUGAUUUUGUGCUUUCGUAUGAACCGUGUAAAAAGUUAAUUUUCCACUUAAACACUGAACUAUGAAUAAGUGAAUAAUUUCCACCCCUUUGUUUUUGUGCCGCGGUUUUGUAUCUUAUAGAUGCCAUUUUCUAAAACAAAUAUGUUCAAAUAUUCUACAAUCAGUCCAGAGGAAUAUGAGAAAAGCGAUUUGAAUUGUUGUACGUUUACCAUGUGCCGUUGAAACGUUUCGCUUCGAGACUAGAGCUAGAGACACAUAAAAUAACACGAUGGUGUAGAAGCAGUGGCGUAAUGUUUAGGUGGAUAGGUUCAAUUUUUUAUGUUGCUUUUGUGUGCUGAGCUACUUUUUUAUGAUUAAUUUUAAUUGGAACGAAAUCUACUACUCCAUGUGAGCAAUCGAGAUAUAGAAAGGAGCAGGAGCUAGUAACAAUGGCGUACGAUGGCCAGUAGGCGUUUGAUUGAACAUAUUACCCCCUCCGUCACCAGGAAGUAGCUGUUGUAUAGAGGACCGUAAAACAAAUAGACGUAAACGCAAAUAAACCACCAUGAUCAAUGAAUUGAA